AGAUUAUCAACAGAAAUGACAUAGAUUCAAUUUUCUGGGCAAUAUUUAUCGACAAAUAAACAUUUCCUUGCAUCAGUGAAUAAUUUGUGUACUUUGAGAUCUUAAAAAUAUUUUGCACAUUCGUUGUGUUCAUGAUUCUCUUGUCAAAUCUACAGUACUGCAAUAGGUGUAAAAUCGUUAGUGCCAUCUUAUUCUCCAGUAGGAACAAAUCUCCAAGGAUGAACAAGGCGAGAGGUAGUUUACUUGGAUCUUGCUCUCAUCUUGCGUCUCUUUCUCUUCAACCUUCGCAUACGCUUCUUCUUCCACUAAAAAAGGAAAUUCAAGUCAACUACGGGACCAACAGGGAGCUUAUAAACAAAAGGAAUUAGAGUAAAAUAUUUUCGCUUUAAAGCAUUUUCUUAUCACAGUGGCCUUAAGUCUAAGGGAAAGUUCUUCCAAAAACCAAUCACUCAAUUUAACAAAGAUGAAACGGUCAGUAUGGUUUGACAAGAUGCAACAAACUAUAUGAUAACGUGUAAAACCAUGCACAUUCACAAUAUAAGACGUCCCAAGGCCACUUUCGUUUCAAAAAUGUUGUGUGGGCCUAAAUUGACAUGUGAAGCAAAAAAAUACGCUAAACACUCACCUUUUCCCUCAUACUUGCAAAGGCACCAAAGAACUAAAAUAAAAUAGAAAGAUCUUACUAAAAAUUCAAAGGAUGGAGAAGAUUGAUGUGGAAUGGUAAAAAAGUCGAAGACAAAUUUCAAGACACUCACCUACUUGGUUACCGUCAGGGAAAGAAAGGCAGUGUUGGAUCGACGCAGAGAAUUGAGGCUGAUUUCCUGGGAGGAGGCUGAAGUUGAAUAGGAGGCAAAUUCGAAAUGGUGCAGCUAUUUUGGAAAAAAAACACUAAUGGAGGCCAACAACAUAUUUAUUUUUGUUGGUCAAUUUGGAAAUAAAAUUGGAUACAAACUGAUUACUAUUUUGAACCUGCAUACUACUUAUUGUGACUCAGAGGAUACAGAUAAAGAUGUUUUUAUUGCCGUUGAUACUGAGUCGAAAGUUGUAAGGUAUUUGCAAACGAAAGCUGGAAAAAAUUUUGCUGGACAGGGUGUGUUUGACAAGAAAGGAAGAGGGGGAAAUUGGUCGAUGGGAUAUCAUCUGCAGUGUGAGGCUGAAUAUGGGAUUCCAAUAAAAGAAACAAUCGUCAAGAUGGUGAGACGGAGAACUCGAAACUUCUCGACAAAAUCCUGUCGAAUCAUUAUAGUCCACAGUUUGGUUGGUGGAACUGGGGGUGGUCUUGGCUGUGCAAUCUUAGAGUCACUGAGAGACGAGUUUCCAGCUAUCUCUAUAACCUCAGUUACAGUUGCACCAUUUGUAUCUGGAGAGAGCCCCCUGCAACAUUACAAUGCUCUGUUGACAUUACAUUGGCUACAAAGAUAUGCUGAUUGUGUGCUGCUUUUUCAUAAUGAUGAAGUCAUGAACCACUCUGUAUCCAUUUCUGGAGUACCUAAGGUGACACAGAAAGGUUCUUUGGCCACUCUUAGUGAUAUAAAUGACUAUAUUUGUUACAAUGUAGCAUCUCUUUUCUACAAAUUGCCCUAUGAUUAUCAACAGCUUCUUAGCAAAGCAGAAACAAAGAAAACAGAAAACAAGUGCUUUGUAGGCCAAACAUCCACAAGAUCAGGGAGUCAAAGAUUAGAGACAGGAGUAACAACUGGAGACUUACAAAAAAUAACAUCAAAGGCAAAUAGAUUGAGUGCAAAAAUGACAACAAUGAGUAUUCAUAAACAUACUAAAAGAUCAAACAAGACAGACUAUGAAUGUAUGAAAAAUGAUUCAAACCCUAUCAGAUCUACAGACAGAAAAAUGUCCCAUCUAUCUAAAAACAGCUGUACAAGUAUCACAUCAGGAAACCAAGAUAUUUCUGCAAAUAGCGGCACUUCCGGGAUGAAAAUCCACAGAACUGAUGAUGAUAAACAAGAAUGUACUGCCACAAUUAAAGAUAAUAUUUUGCAUCUCCUGACUCCAAAUUCCAAAAAGAAGUUUAUUGCUUCAUUGCAAAAGCAUUCCAGGAGAAUAACUAGUGACUUCAAGCCAGUCCUGUCAUCAUUAAUAAAGAAUAUUGUAAAGAAGGAUCAGAAUGGACAAAAUUAUAUAAAUUCAAGCGUGGUUUUAAUUGCAAGAGGGGAAUGUUCAAAGGCACUUGAUUUUGAAAAGGAUAAGGUUCUGAACUACUUGAAACAAAAUUUAGUACUGGAAGAUCAGCAAAACCCUUAUGUGGAUACAAUUGCCAGCCCAUUAUGUGUCCCUGGCUACCAGACCCCUCUUUCUUUAUCUCUCUACAUGAACACAAGCCGAGUUGCUGAUUUUAUUGAUCACGUGACGCACAAGGCAUCAUUGUUGUAUGAUAACAAUGCUUACCUACACUGGUAUGAAAAAUUCGGAAUUACUAAUGAACAUUUUCUGGAAGCAUUUGCUACAAUGAAUGAUGUUGUGCAAGAGUACAGAAGUGUUUGAAUGAGCAACAAGAAAAAUAAUAACUUUCCUUUACUUGUUAAAUCAGCAAUAAAAAAUUGUGUAAUCAAAUAUAAUUU